GGUUUAUAAAAGUAUGGUUAUGGCGUCUGUGUAUUUCAAAAUACGAUUUUGCCUGGAUUUGAUGUAACCGUUGCUAUCAACAGGGUGGCGUGAGAGAAUUUGUAAGACUUGUUACUGGUAAGAACCUGCGAAAUGUCAGACGGCGAAGAUGAUUUUAUGUGCGAGGAGGAGGAGGAUUAUGGCCUGGAGUAUUCUGAAGAUUCUAAUUCUGAACCAGAUGUGGAUUUAGAAAAUCAAUAUUAUAAUAGUAAAGCUCUCAAAGAAGAUGAUCCAAAAGCUGCUCUACAAAGUUUUCAGAAAGUGUUGGAUCUGGAAGGCGGAGAGAAGGGAGAAUGGGGCUUUAAAGCUUUAAAACAGAUGAUCAAAAUUAAUUUUAAACUGUCCAAUUACAAAGAGAUGAUGGCGAGGUAUAAACAAUUGUUAACCUAUAUUAAAAGUGCAGUUACUAGAAAUCAUUCGGAAAAAUCAAUAAAUUCUAUAUUGGACUAUAUUAGUACAUCAAAAAAUAUGGAAUUAUUGCAAGAUUUCUACGAAACAACAUUAGAUGCAUUAAAAGACGCAAAAAAUGAUAGGUUAUGGUUUAAAACAAAUACAAAAUUGGGAAAACUAUAUUACGAUCGUUCAGAUUUCAAUAAACUGGCAAAAAUAUUAAAACAACUUCAUCAAAGUUGUCAGACUGAUGAUGGAGAAGAUGAUUUGAAGAAAGGAACACAAUUAUUGGAAAUUUAUGCCUUAGAAAUACAAAUGUAUACAGCACAAAAGAAUAAUAAGAAAUUGAAAACACUUUAUGAACAAAGUCUUCAUAUUAAAAGUGCUAUACCACAUCCAUUAAUUAUGGGCGUGAUUAGAGAAUGUGGGGGUAAAAUGCAUUUAAGAGAAGGUGAAUUUGAAAGAGCUCAUACUGAUUUUUUUGAAGCUUUCAAAAAUUAUGAUGAGUCUGGAUCGCCAAGACGUACAACAUGUUUGAAGUAUUUAGUUUUGGCCAAUAUGUUAAUGAAGUCUGGUAUUAAUCCAUUUGACUCACAAGAGGCAAAACCAUAUAAGAAUGAUCCUGAAAUUUUAGCAAUGACAAAUUUAGUUGUCAGCUAUCAGAAUAACGAUAUCAAUCAGUUUGAAUUAAUUCUAAAACAAAAUAGGAAUAAUAUUAUGGAUGAUCCCUUUAUUCGAGAACAUAUUGAAGAUCUAUUACGAAACAUACGUACCCAGGUCUUAAUUAAAUUGAUAAGACCAUAUACUAGAAUUUAUAUUCCUUUCAUAAGCAAGGAAUUGAACAUCGACGUUUCUGAAGUGGAAAGUCUUUUGGUAUCUUGUAUAUUGGACAAUACAAUUCACGGUCGUAUAGAUCAGGUAAAUCAAGUUCUCGAAUUGGAUAAAAAAUCAGUAUGUGCUGCACGUUAUAAUGCGCUUGAUAAAUGGGCAGGACAGUUGCAAUCUUUGCAUACAGCCAUUGUGAACAAAAUGUCCUAAAUGGGCAUAGUGGGCAUGUAAUCCUGCAAUAAAUAUGAACGAAUUUCACUUGUAUAGUAUAUCAUAAAAAUCCUAUACGAAUAUGUGAAAUAAUAAGAUCUAUUGUGAUACAAUAAAUUUAGCAUUUUAGCACAGGGA